AUGCCGCAUCAACCGACUAUUUAUUGCGAUUCGGGUUUUCGCACAUCCACGCUGUGUCUCGAUGGCCAUGAUAACGACUCGCUCACCGAUUUCGCCUUGGUGGCAGUUGGCGGAAUGGCAGAUGAUCAACAAGUGUCAAAGCAACCCGAUGACGAGGUCGCCGAACCAUCACGGAAGAAAAGGCGAAGACGGACCCUAGCCUGUUUUCAAUGCCGUGCCAGGAAGGUCAAGUGUGAUUUUGGAUAUCCUGCCUGUGAAAGAUGCCAGAAAACCCCUUGGCCGGAAAGAUGCAUUUAUGAACAUCCGCCGCCCUCGUUCCCCCCGAGAUAUCCUGUUCAAGCUGCUGCUCAGGGGCCAACAUAUCCAGGGACACCUUGCGGCGACUGGCGUAAAUCCGCACCGCCUUCACCCAAGAAGCCCUUGCCUGCCACAAGUACCGACGAGCACACCGAGCCGCCGAGAUUUGGGCCCUCGACCGUGGUGCCUGGUAGCGCUUUUCACGGCAAGGAAAACCGGACUCGUUUCAGAGGUUGCAGCAAUGUGAGCAAUUUGUUCCCUGAUUUCCCAGAAUUGAAACAGUAUCUGCACCGGUUGAAACGAGAGCACCCGGUUCUUGCGGGGCUUGUACGGGAGCUCUUGAAGCUGAAGGAAGGCAGAGUUGCAAAACCGACGCUACCUGGUGAACUCGCCCUUGAUAGCAUUUAUCUCAGCGGCCUUCUUCCUGAGUGGCCAGUGGCGGAGAGCUGUAUCGAAAUCUACUUUGAUACAGUCGGGAGUGCGAGUCGGCUUUUCCACAAGCCAUCAUUUAAUGCGCAACUACAGCUGGUUAAAGACCGCCCGGGAUCCGUCCCGCCGUAUUUCCUUGUUCAAGUCCUUUUAAUACUGUCGACGGUCUGGAGCGCUCAUCCCGGCGGUAGUAUAACUCCAAGUAUCGUGGCGAACUGGAUACGCUGGGGCGACACCUGGCUUCAUCAUGUUGGAAACAAACGCCCGAAUCUAACGACCUUGCAAAUUCGCUGCCUCCUGAUUCAAGCGAAAGAGGCAAACUUUUCACAACGAAAUCAAGCAUGGUCUGCAACUGGCACUCUGGUGAAGCUGGCAAUGUCCGCUGGCCUGCAUCGUGAACCACCACCAAAUGCACGGAUCUCUGUUUUCAAUAGGGAGAUGCGACGCAGGAUUUGGAUUACAAUCCUAGAGCUUGAUUUUCAAGCCUCGCUGGACCGUGGCAUGCCGCCGACUUUGCAACAAUCCGAUUACGACUGCCUGCCUCCUUUGAACAUCAACGAUGAAGCUAUCCAUGAAUCCAUCACCGAAUUUCCCAGCCAGCAACCUUUGGAUAUCCCCACGGACUCUUCGUACCAAAUCAUUGCGUCUAGGUCUUUAGGCCUACGAUUGCGCAUCUGUUCACUCAUUAACAAUCCAGGCUUUUCGAUAUCCCCUGCUCAGCUUUCAGACUUGGAUAAUUCCAUUUUGCAACAUCUUUCAGAAAUUCCAAACUGGAAGGGGUCAGACUCUCGAGCGGACCAAAGGCUGCGGUUAUGGCGCGCGUUGCUUCAGAUACAACUCCAGCGUAGCCAGCUUUCCCUGCAUUCGUGCUGUACUCUGGGAGAUCUAAAGGACGCAGCUCUUGUACACUCGUCCCGUACUCGAUUGGAUACAGCUAUGACGAUGCUUUGUCACCAGCAGCUCCUUCUCGACCAACUCGGCAGACGGUUCUGGUUCGGCGUGGGUGAAGUCACGAUGCAAGCUGCACUUAACAUUUGCCAUCACUUAUACACUGUUGGCAGCGGUUUUGGUAACUCCCACCUUUCCCCGAAUUCCCUUUUUCAAGGUAAUUAA